AUGGAACCAUCAUGCUCUCAUUCCAAAUGUGAUGUGUAUGAGAUAAGCAAAAUCUCAUAUGAAAAUGUAACUGAAACUGAUACCAAUAUCAGAUUGGAACCGCCAUGUAAUGUAAGGCAACAAAUAGACGAUAUAGAACGCGAGGACUUCGAGGAGGAAAACAGGAUACUUAAACAUUGCUCUAGUAUGAUAGUUGAUCGCGAAAUUGCUACAACCGCUCGUUAUUCCGGGAAUUUAUCUAGCGCGAACUCAAGUCUAGCUUCUAGCUCCGAGACUAUAUCUACGCUGUCUAACAUGAUGGCCAAUGACUUCAGUUUACCAGGUUGUAGUAAGAGCGACGACUGUGAAGGUAGCAAUGCCACCAUAAAAAAUAUGAUCCACUCACGCACACCGCUAUACUCUAAUAUAGAACCUCCUCCAAAAAAAGUGGACUUUAUGCAGAAGUUGUUAAGUAGUAAUACUCAAGAAAAGAAAGACUUUCCUAAAGGGAAGCUGUAUAAAGGAGAUCUGAUGGAGCAUUCUGCUGAUGCCGAUAUGGAUGAUGUGGGUCAGUCAGGUCGGACGAGUUCCAAUGCGUCGAGUAUCGGCAGUUCAGGCUCAGAUAGCAAAGAUUUUACAGUUCCUUCAACGUCUAAUGCUGAAAAACUCCUGGGCUUGGAUGAUAGCAGUAAGCGGAAUGCAAGUGGAAGCUCUAAAUCAGCGAGCUACCAGUACUGUGAGGGCGAUGACGACUCAGAUGAUGAAGUUAACGAGGAGUCGUGGUGCACGUGUCUCUCAUCCCAUGAGGAUGAUGAUGAAGAAGAGGAGCCUGAGCCAGAUGACAGGCUGUGGAGAAAAAGACGAUAUGAGCCACCGCCGCCUCAAUCCGCUAAAAAGUUCUGUCCCGACGGCAGUGUCGUGAGCAAUUCGGGAACCGAAUGGCCAACCAUACACGCGAAUAUUGCACUACAGAAUACAAAUCUUCAAGGACCCCCAGAACUAAAGCAAUGGCUAAAUAUGUUUCAAUCAUGGUCCAAUGGGGAGAAGAUCCAGGCAAUCGACACACUGAUCAGUCGUUGUGCGGCGAGCCACGUUCGGUACAUGAUGAAAGCGAUUGAGCCUCUCUUCCAGAGAGAUUUCAUCUCCCUCCUGCCCAAAGAGUUAGCCCUCACAGUACUAGGAUACUUACAGCCGAAAGAUCUAUUGAGAGCUGCCCAAACUUGCCGUUAUUGGAGAUUCCUAGCCGAUGACAACCUGCUAUGGAAGGAACAGUGUCGACGCAUAGGCCUAACAACACUAAAGAAGAUGCCCCGUUCCCUACCUCGUUGCGCUAGUCCAUGGAAAGCCGCCUACAUGAGGCAGUCCCUCAUACAGGACAACUGGCUACACAAACCGGUGAACAACCCCAUAGUGAUGAGAGGCCAUGAUGAUCACGUCAUCACCUGCCUCCAGUUCUACGGGAAUCGCAUAUUGAGCGGCAGUGAUGAUACCACUCUGAAGGUGUGGUCGGCGGUCACUGGGAAGUGUCUCCGUACGUUAGUGGGUCACUCAGGCGGCGUGUGGUCCUCACAGAUGGUCGGCGACCUGGUCAUCAGCGGCUCAACAGACCGCACACUGCGCGUGUGGAAUGCGAAGACCGGGCAGUGUCUGAAGGUGCUCGCCGGUCACACUUCUACCGUACGCUGUAUGCAUUUACACCAGAAUAGAGUGGUAUCCGGGUCUCGCGAUGCAACGCUACGCGUGUGGUCGAUACCCGACGGGCGUUGUUUGCGCGUGUUGGUGGGCCACCUGGCGGCGGUGCGCUGCGUGCAGUACGACGGCAAGGUGGUAGUAUCCGGGGCAUACGACUACUUCGUCAAAGUGUGGAACCCGGAGACAGGGGAGUGCUUGCACACGCUAGCCGGUCAUACGAACAGAGUGUAUAGCCUGCAAUUUGACGGUAUCCAUGUGGUGAGUGGUUCCCUAGACACAUCUAUCCGUGUGUGGGACGUUGAGUCCGGACAACUAAAGCACACCCUAACUGGCCACCAGUCCCUCACUUCGGGUAUGGAACUGCAUUCAAAUAUACUGGUCUCUGGUAACGCAGACUCAACGGUUAAAGUAUGGGAUAUCACUACUGGCCACUGCCUGCAUACUUUAUCUGGUCCAAAUAAACACCAAUCAGCAGUCACAUGUCUCCAGUCGAGCAACCGUUUCGUGAUCACGUCCUCCGACGACGGCACAGUGAAGCUAUGGGACGUUCGUACCGGCGAGUUUAUACGGAACCUAGUGGAACUUGGCUCUGGUGGGUCCGGAGGGGUUGUGUGGCGCAUCCGGGCCUCUGCGACCAAGCUCAUAUGCGCAGUGGGCUCGAGGAACGGCACUGAGGAGACCAAACUGCUGGUAUUGGACUUCGAUGUGCCCGGCGCGUGUAGGAAGUGCGACGAA